GACGCGAAGACUCCUUCUCAGUCAGUCAGUCGAUGCGAAGCGUCCCUUCGCAGUCAGGCGGUGCGGUGUCGCCUUCGCAGGUCAGUCGGUGCGAAGCCUCCCUUCGCCUUCGCAGUCAGACGGUGGAUGCGAAGCCUCCCUUCACGGCAGCCGGUCGAUGCGGGGUCGUCUCCUUCGCAGGUCGGGCGAUGUGCGAAGCCUCCCUUCGCUUAGCAAUCAGGCGGUGCGAAGCCUCCCUUCGCAGUCAGGUCGACGCGGCGGAGUCGACUCCCUAGCGGUCAGACGAUGCGCAUUCGACUCCUUCUUCGCAGUCAGUCGGUGCGGGGUCGCCUUCGCAGCAGUCGAUGCGGGGUCGCCUUCGCUCUGGAGUCGAUGCGGAGUCGCCUUCGCUCUGGAGUCGAUGCGGGGGUCGACUGCUUAGCAGUCAGUCAGUCGGUGCGAAGUCGACUCUUCACAGCAGUCAGUCGGUGCGAAGUCGACUCCUUAGCGGGCGAUGCGCAUUCGACUCCCUAGCGGGCGACGAUGCAGAUUCGACUCCUUCGCAGGCGAUGGCGGAGACUCCUUCGCUGUCAGUCGAUGCGAAGCCUCCUCCUUCGCAGGCAGACGCGGGGUCGCCUCAUCGCUGUCAAUCAGUUGGUGCGAAGCAACCUCGCAGUCAGUCGACGCGAAGCCGCCUCCUUCGCAGUCAGUCGGUGCGGGGUCGACUCCUCAGCAGGGCGAUACGAAGCCUCUCUUCGCAGGUUGGUGUGAAGUCGACUCCUUCGCAGUCAGUCGGUGCGAAGCGUCCUUGUUAGCAGUCGACGGUGCGAACCUCCCUUCGCGUUGCAGUCGAUGCGAAGCCUCCUUCGCAGUCAGUCGAUGCGAAGCGUCCUUAGCAGUCAGGCG